GUAUGUAUGUUUCCAACACUGUGUUAUUCACGGAAAACCAAAGAAAAUGAAAAUUUGUGUUGUUCUAUUUGUGAUGUUUUCUAAUGAAUCUGUAUAGGAAAAAAAAUUAAAUGACAGUUUAAAAUUAACAUCAAGCUUAAUAUUGGCAUGGCAUUCAUGUUCAUGAUAAGUGUGUGUACACUCAAGCUGUAGAUGGUCUAAACACAAGCAUGAAUUUCAACCCAUUCCGUUGGAGGGAUAAAACUCACUCUGGCAACCCAAUUAAAAAAAAACGUUGCAGUCUCGAGGCUUUCCUCUCUACAGCAUGUGUGUGUGUCGGUUUAGUGAAGUGAAGAAAACGGGUGUAUUUUUAGAGUAGGGUGCAAUCCAGCACAAUGAGCAGUACGCGUGUUGUUUGCUUCCCCAGGACUUCGCGAGUCUCAGAAGGACAUUAGUGAGACAUCACGGGACAGUGGGACAGAAGAGUUUCGGAACAAAGGAGGAGUGAGAGAGUGUCAUGGCUACCCGUGCACACAGGCGAGUCGCCCCGAGCAUGAAGCAGGAGCAGCACGACGACGACUCGGACACGGAGGAGACACACCUCGGGCUCGGGUUUGGGCUUGAGCUUGAGUUUAGGAAACCCGACGGCAGGGAGCCGCAGAUCAUCCACAGCGGACACUUCAUGGUGUCGACUCCUCACAUCGAGCAUCCGCCGAAGAAAGGCUACGACUUCGACACUGUGAAUAAACAAACUUGUCAGACUUAUCACUUCGGCAAGGCGAGCGCAUCGCAUCUGUCCAUCGACGCGUCUCUCACCAAACUGUUCGAGUGCAUGACGCUGGCGUACAGUGGGAGAUUGGUGUCCCCGAAAUGGAAAAACUUUAAAGGCCUGAAACUUCUCUGGAGAGACAAGAUUCGCCUCAACAACGCCAUCUGGAGGGCUUGGUACAUCCAGUAUGUGGAGAAAAGAGAGAACCCAGUCUGUCAUUUUGUUACGCCUUUGGAUGGGACCAUGGAUUCAGGAGUCCAUCGACCUGCAGAGGCAAUAGCCACAGAAGGAAAAUACUGGAAGAGAAGAAUCGAAAUCGUUCUACGAGAGUAUCAUAAAUGGAGGACAUACUUCAAGAAAAGGUUACAGAAGCACAAAGAUGACGACCUUUCCAGCCUUCUCAAGGGGGCAGAGGAGCAGUUCUCGCUUUUUGGCGAAGUGCAUCCCGACAUACUCCGUAUACCCUUCUGCCAGGAUGACGAGGCAGCGGGUUGCCCUCGCCGCAGCUCCCGCAGGAGCCGGGAAUCUCCCAUACCAAUGGAGAUGGACCCCAUCUUCGACAUGGACGUGCUCAUGUCGGAGUUCUCUGACACGCUCUUCUCUACGCUUUCCUCUCACCAACCCGUCGCUUGGCCUAAUCCCAGAGAGAUCGCACAUGCAGGUAAUGCAGACAUGAUCCAGCCGGGCCUCAUCCCCCUGCAGCCCAACUUGGACUUCAUGGACACUUUCGAGCCUCUUCAAGAUCUGUUUCACUCCCUGCGUCAGCCCUUCUACCCCACAACCUCACCCACUGCCCCAACCACCACCCCCUUAUCCGGCAGCAGUAGCAACACCCAGACACAGACUUCGUUGUUAUCUCCAAUCAACUUGUCGUCAGAGCUGUCUAUCUCACUGACCCCAAAUCCUCCUUCUAUAUCCAGUCAGGACACCAUAAGCUCUGUAGGCCCUGCGUACCAACAGGACUACAUUCCCCUUUUCACAGAACAAAUACCACCCCCGCCUGCCUCAGCCCCCGUCAUGCUCCCCCCAGCGCCUCCUCCGCCCUCUCACUCGCUGCAGUGCCAGUCUGUUGGCGCUCGUCCUAGGAGCUCAUCUCCAUCUACAGCCACACACUCCGGCUCUUCCUCAGUGACGCCCAGCACCAACGCGACACACAGGUCAACCUAUGCUCUUUCACCCCGGCCUUCUCGUCAAGAUCAGGCUCUCCCAUGUAUCUCUUUGCCCCCUCAGCCUCAGAGCUUUGCCCUCCCGCGACCCAUUCAGCCUGCCGGCUCCACUAAAAAGAGCCGCCACGUGCCUAUAGUCCCUGCGACUCCAGUUCAACCAUCUCAUCUCAUACUGACAGGACAAGGUGCUGUUCUUGUCACGCCAUCUGCUAUUAAAACCGACGUGGCCUCUGCUGCUGGUGUGGUCAUCACCUCCGCCAGUAUUCCACGUGGGCCUGGCUUCCACAUUCUCCCAUCAAGUCAGAAUUCUGCUCAGCACAUUGUGCCUAAAGAGGAAACCACCUUACCCAGUAACAAGACCUCAUUUCAAGCAGCUUGCACAGCAGCAUUAGAUGGACGGACUUCUGGUCAGGGCUCACCUUUAGGGACGGAGCAGGUGCCGAGCCCACAGUCCCCACACGGCAGCUGCACCUCAGGCCUGGCCAAGAACGAGCCCAAUCAGAAUCAUCGUGUGAAACACAAAUCAGCCGAGCAGAAAAGACGAUCCAACAUCAGCAUCAGCUUCAAGACGCUGAGCAGCCUCGUUCCCUCUGUCAAACCACAGUCCAAUCAAGCCAGUUACGCUACAACCCUUCAGAAGACCGUGGAUUACAUCGGAAAGCUGCAGCAGGAGAGGCACCAGAUGCAGGAGGAGACGAAGAGACUGCGGGAGGAAAUCGAAGAACUCAACGCAUCUAUAAAUUUAUUCCAGGAGCAGCUUCCUGCCACAGGAGCCCCUGUUACACGUCACCGGAUUGAUCACAUGAAGGAGAAGUUUGAUGAAUAUGUAAAAAACAGAACUCUACAGAACUGGAAGUUUUGGAUCUUUAGCAUCAUCAUCAAGCCUCUUUUUGAGUCCUUUAAUGGGAGUGUGUCAACCACCAACAAGAGACAGCUGUGUGAGACCACCAUGCAGUGGCUAGACCGAGACUGUGCACUGCCCGUUCUCAGACCCAUGGUUUUAGGGACCCUGAGACAGCUAAGCACCACCACAUCCAUCUUGACUGACCCAGCACUCCUUCCAGAAGAAGCUAAGCAAGCCGUUGUUAACUCCAGACACCACUACACGAAAUCCUAGCCUCUUACUUGCCUUCAAACUGUGCUUUAACUGGGACCUCUCUCAAAAAGGCAGUUCUGUACAACGUACUCAAGAGGCUCAGAGGGACUUCAUGGCUUUAUGUGCUGUGUGCCCCGUGAUAUUUAUCUACAGUCAGGUCAAGCUUAAUAAAUAUGCUAGAGGAGUAUUCCUCCUUGCCAUCCUCUCUGCUUUUAUAGCAAUAGGAGGAAACCAUAGUUGUUUUUUUUUAAGUGUUAAAGGCGCUGCUAUAGACACAAUGGACUUUUUGGGAAAGGGAAACACAGUUAAAGAGCUAACAUCUUUAAAAUGUUUAAAAAGGGAAAAAGCCUUGAUAUAAUCCUCCAGUUGUAGCAAAUAGAUCAACAUGCGUAUGAUGAAUUAUGGAAUGGCUCUGGUUUAUUGUCCCAAAAUUUUUUUUGUUUUUUAUUCUUUCCUUCAUUUUUAUCAAAGCAAUUUUACAUUUUUGACGAUUUAUUACAAGCAGUUUGGAAGUGUGAAGUGCUUGGCUCAAGCAGUAACCGUCUUCCAGUCUGAGGAUCUGACCUCUCAGUUUUCUGAUUGCUGGCCUUGCAGUUGAUUAAAAGUGACUCUUGCACUACACCCUUACAGCAAUUUGUUCAUUUUAAGCCUUAUAGAAACUAUUUAAGCACUAUUAACAGGUGUAUAUAUUUUUUUUCUAUUGUGUCUUCCAGCUUUGAGAUUUCUCCUACGGUUAAGCUUUUUUGUGUGUCUUAUUCUAGAUUUUAGAGCCUCUGUCAUUUAAGAAUUAUUUUGAUUUGGCUGUUCACUAAAGGAAAGCAACAAUAAGGCUAAGAGUAAACUUGCUAAAAUAAUAUGUAUUAUAUGCAGCAUUUAAUUUUUUUUAUUUGUUUGCUUAUUGUCAUAAUUCCAAAAAAACAAAAACAAAAAAACAAAACCGUAUCCUAUGCUGUUAAAUUGAGUGUGGUGGAAUCUUUUACUACAGAAUUUCCAAUGGGGCGGUACAAUCCUGUGUGAUGUGUAGCAGCUUUGAAUUGCAGGUGUUACAAUAAAUCGCUGAAGUGUUAGUUAAAAUUGAUCAG